AUGAAUUGCCUGCUGAAAUCGGCAUUUUCGACUUACAGCCGGCUUGCUCACCAUUCACAGCCAACCGUGCACCUGAAGUUGUUUACUAAGCAGAAUUGCAUGCUUUGUGAAGAAGCCAAGAGAGUUCUUGAUCGGGCGCUAAAACGGACUAAGAAUAUAGAUUUCGAUUUGACAGAGGUGGAUAUUGAAGCGCUGGGAAACGAAGUAAGUAGAGAUAAGUACAGAUACGAUGUUCCGGUGUUGGAUUUUGAAAGAUCCGGAUUUCAGAAGGUGACAUAUAUGCACCGCUUGGAUGAGAACGAGAUAGUAGAAGAGUUGGAUGAGGAGGUGUGA